AUGAGCCGCCCGUGUCGCCUGAACCCAACGAUCGACCUCGAGCGAAUUCGGCCCAUCAUGGAUGACGCGUCGUCGUUGAGGCAGUUGCAGGGCUGGGCAUACCACUCACUGCGGCGACUGACCUCGACUGGAGCUAUGAGUGCGCAGUCCCUGGUUAGGGCUCUGACUGGGCGGCGGGUCACGAUGUCCAGUUCCUUCAGUGGCAUCGGUACCGACCACAUCGCUGCCAGCAUGCUGGGAGUCGCGGGGACGAGACUUGCGACCGAGCUGACCUCUGACGGCGUGCCGCGUGACGAUGCGAUCACCUUCGACCACCAGUGGUCACUGGAGCGGGACCGCAAGUGCCAGCAAGAACUGGCGCUCCUCGCCCGCAUUCAUGCCCGCGAGCAUCGCCACUGCAUCUUCGGGGACACACUCGACUUUACCCCGGAUCACCUCAAGGACGACGUCGGCUUGACCAGCAGAGGUUUUGAGCGACCCGCCCGGGAGCUGCGAUGCGUUCUGCCGCGGGCGCGGCCCCAGGCAAAGGGCAAGUGUCUGACGCACGGUUGCCUCUGUAGUCCAACGUCGUGUGACAUUCACGCGGCUGGCCCGAACUGCAAGGGCCAUUCAGUCUACGGCGACAUGCUGGGGAUGGACGGGCCGUACGCCAAAUAUUUCUUUCAAUGGUGCGCUAUGCGCCGCAGUCUGCUGGAGAAGAUAGUUCUCCACGAAAAUGUGGAGCGCUUCGAUGUUGGCGAGCUCGAGUACCACUUGGGCGACUUAUACUUCAUCGUCCGCUGCUCAACGUGCCCCUCGCAGUAUGGUUGGCCAUGCCAGCGUAAGCGGUCAGUAUCCAUGCUGAUCCUGAAGGAGUACGCGUGCCCGAUCCUCGACGCUUUGAACCUGCCGCGCGACCCUGUUCGCCGCUCCUCGGACGAGUUCUACGACAUCAAGAUGAUGGUGGCGUUCAUGUUCCAUAGGGGGAGGGAUCCGGGUCUCACUUGGAGGGCCUUCCUUGUCAGCAACCAGGAGGAGAUCGAGGCCGAGCUCGAGUGGGCUGCGAACCGCAAGUCGGUCAGGGACUUCGACCGCGCCGGCUUCGUAUGCAGCCUCGACAUCAAUGCGACCCCGUACUCUGUGCUUGGUCCCAACGAGCUCAAGAGGGCGGAGUUCUACGAGACGCACGCGCCGAAUGAGUGCUACGACGUCGGUCAGAACCCGUGGAAAAGGCCCAUGAACUCUCGUGGACCAGAGCUCCACACGAUCAUCGCCAACGCUGCAGCUAUUGUGGAUCCUGUGAGCGCGCGGCUUGUGACGGUCAACGAGCUGCAGACCGCGAUGGGCUACCCUGUCACGGAGGAGGCCGUGGCGAAGCAGCAGGGCAAUUGUUACCAUGUGAACGUCAUGGGUUCUUUCCUCGGCGUCGCCGUCCUCGCCUUCCCCGACCUCGGACCUGCGGUGCAAUAUCGCAGAUGGUCUAGGACCAAGUGCAGCGUCUGCGGUGUAAUGUCGCAGAUUGUCCAGGCUGCCCGUGGUGGCGGCGCUGCCGGCGAGUCGCUCGAGCCGGGAGGCAUCCGAGCGCCAGUCGGUACCUAUCGCACUGUGAACGACCAGUUCCCCGGCCUCUCAGGCCGAGUGCUCAGGGACGCGGUUGACGCGAAGUUCGUGCUGGAGGAUAUUGGCCACGAGAUCAUACCAUGGUUCCACGCCAACGGCGAUAAAGUCUUCAAGAGGCACACCAUCAACUGGCGUGGUCAGAAAGCUGUGCGGGCGGAGUACAAGGACCGCAUACUCAAGGAGGGCAUCGGGAAGGACAUACGCGCUGGGAAGGUGUACUGCGUUCCAUCGUCCGUCAACAGGGCUCAUUGGACCUUGCAUCAGGUGUCGGCUGCGACUUUGCAUGAGGCUUUAUACGACGCCCACGCAGAGAAGCCAGACAACGAACAAGUCCUGGCUACGAUUCAUGGUGGAGUCAGAGAUGUUGUUCUUCUUCAGCCCACUUGCCCCGCGUAUGUACUCCAAUACUACAGAGACGAGAUGAAUCGUCUGACUGGGUACGGGUCGCAGAGAUCGUGGCUGGAGAGGAUCAAGCUCGUCGUUGAUAUUGACGCAAAGCUUGCGGAUGACAGGUCGAAGAAGCGAGCGAAGGCGGCGGAGCAGGCGCCCGACUCCCUCGACUCCUCUGGCGGCUCUGCCACCGCGACCUCCGCAUCAACUGCGAUCACAGAGUAUGUCGGCGCCGGCGGCGACGAGGACGGCGACGAGGAGGACGAUGACGAGGAGUGCGAGUGCGGGGACAAGAAGCGCGUCAGGUCCCAAGCUGGUCACCAAACAGCCGAGUGGGAGACCAUCCAGGGCGCGUGGCCAGCACUCUUCACAGGCAUGGCCGACUUCCUCAGGACAAGGCGUGUCCGGACGAAACUGAAGGAACACGGCGUUUUGACUUCCGUUCUGGCCUUCAUGGACACCCAUUGCAAAUUUACGUACGCGGGCCUCUCCUCAAACACGGUGAUGUUAGUACAGGAGUCCAUCUUGAAGAAGGUCGCUGGGCACACAGACUACGCCGGCGCCGAGGAGGUAUCGAUGCUCGCGUUCCUGUACUUGAGCGCGCCCACAGACGUACUCCCAUACGUAUUCAAGUCAACUGCUGAUGUGAACACGAAGCUGCCCAAUCUCUUCAGCCGCAUGCAGCAGAACAAGCACUUUCGCUUGGCAAGGAUUCCAAAUGUCAACCCAGGUGAUCAGAGUGCCGCGAUGCUGACAUUGGUUAAGGCCGACAAGAAGGAGAUGCCCAAACCUGCGAAGAAGUCAAAGGAAGAGAAGGCUGCAGAGGCCGAAGCUAAGAAGGCGGCCAAAGCUGCUGAGAAGGCGCGGGAGAAGCAGCAGAAGGCGGAUCAGAAGAAGGCGGACAAGAAGAAGAGGAAGCGCGGCGGCGAACCUGAUGACCACGCUCACGACGGCGCGCCGGAUGCGAAGCAGCAGCAGCAGCUUGUGCAGCCUGUUCGCCCAACACUUGACGUUCCAGCACAUCAGCACGGCUGGGCCAACAUCGUGUCAGGUUCAGACGGCACGGCUCGAUCCCUCACGUUCCUGGACGACGUGAAGCACACUGUGGCACUUGUUCUCGCGCGUCGGGAGCAAGUUGACAAGGCAAAUGGGGUGGACUUCAAUGCAACCACUCUGGCCGCGAAGUGGGAGAUCAUUGUUCUCUUGACUGCCUGUGGAUUUUCAUUCGGCUGCGACAAAGUUCUGACCACAUCCCUCACUACGGCUGAUGGCGCAAUGAAGACGUACUCUGGCGAGUGGUCGGAACUACGGUGGGAUAUCUACCUGACUCUGUGUCGAACCUUCGACGUGAACUUGGACGAGUGCCCUCUGACGGACGACUGCUGCGUCGAGGAGGACGAGGAGCAGCCUGAGCUGGGACCAAUCAAGCAGAAGAUACAUAUUCUCUUGAAGGAGCAUACGUACCUGAAGACCAAGCUCGCCAACAUCUACGAGACGAACCGUCCGUCUUGUGAUUCUACCAUGGACGAGGUGAAGGAGAGCCAUGUUUCCUAUACGAGGGUGAACGCUGCAAUACUAUCAGCUCUGAGAGGCGACUCUUUCGAGACGGCGAUGCUCCCGAAUGUGCUCAAAGGGGUCGUGUUCGACAAGGCCGAGGACAACUUCUCGUCCGUCUUGCGAUUCCUCACGCCUAUCAUUCAUAAGGAAGUUCCGCCAUCCCUCUACGCGACGGCCUGCCUCUUAACCAAGUACGCACUGGUGAAGUCUGGCGUCGUUGACGGAUCAGAGCGUCAGUUCAACGUCACACCUAGCAGCGUGCUUGUCGACCUGAGCGCGGCUGCGCCCCUGGUCACGUGGUCAGACGCCAACUGGAAGACCUUUAAAGAGGUGGAGGCGCUUGUACAGCUGCAGCCGAGGUACUUGCUGUUGGGGAUGACCAAGCUGUGUGAUUAUUUCGACACCGCUCUGACCAUGGACGUCAUCCCGGUGAAGUUCAAACAGCAGAUGUCUGACCUCCACGCUUUCAUGAAGUCUGGGGUCGCAGUUGCAAUGGGGUGUAAAGAUGCAAUAUUCAUGUACGCUUCUGACUGCAAAUUAGAUGGCCUUGACGAGGAGAUGUGGACGACGUUGUUCGAAAAGGCUGUGGACCUUAAGUCUGCUCCAGUGCGGAAGACCGACCAGCAGUGGGACACCUUGACGAAGACCAAAGAGGCGUCUGUUCGACAGAUGACACCAAUCCAACUCCGCAAAAAACUCGUGGACGACUUCAACGUGAAGACCGACGCGGCCAAACUGAUGGCCAAGGAUACCAUGGUGUCGCUCAUCGCAAAGAAGCUGGUCCACAAUGCCAAGGACAAGUUGGUCAAGAAUUGGGAUGUCUCUGUCAAGGCGUUCUUCUCGGUUGAGUUGGACGGAGGCGUGGACAAGGAUGGUAUCGAUGAUGUGGUGAGCAAUGUCAUUAGCGAGGGCGGCAUGCGGCGCGUGCCCUCGUUGACACUGCCGCGGGCAUGGUGUGCAUACAAGGUCGGCCUGGAGCUGACAGAUUACAUCCUCGACUUAUGGAACCCAAACUUCAAGCUCGACCAGGGUGGAGGCAAGGCCAACUUCAAAAAGGUGUGGGUCCCGAUCGAUCUGAAUGAGUACUUGCCCGUGAAGGAUGGGUGGCUGAUUCGUUUGGCAUUCGUUGGAGCUAUCUCAUUAGAGGAGACCUUAGUCGAUCGCAACCUUCGCCAGUAUGCAAACAAGGUGGAGAUAGGCAAGGUGACAAUCCAGGGCCACACGUACAUUAUGUCGGUGACGCCUGGUGGAGGGGAAGGUUCUCCCACGUGCGCCCCAGCAUGGUCCGUGAGGGGCAUGAGUGAGGAUGACUUUCACAAGGCCUCUGAGAACAACGAAUGGAUCGAGGCUAUGGUGCAGGACUGCUUCGAGUUCGACGUCACUGUGGGCGGCGUUGUGAAGGUGACGUUCGCGCUGCCUUUCAUCGGCGUGGCACCCGUGGAGUCUGCGCCGCAGCUUGCGAUCGAGGACGUCCACCAGCAGCCGCAGCCGCAGAAGACGAACCCUGCCGCGUGCGGGGCCCUUCAUCCUGCUCAGGCUUCUCAGGAUCCUGGGCCGCCCACGGCAGCGGAGGGGGCCCCGGCGGUGGAGCCCAAGGAGUCGGAGUCCCCGGAGUCCCCCAAGGAGGAGGCGGCGGCGAAGCAGGUCGUGGCUGCCACCGUGGCUGUGGAGCUGCCGGGGCCGCAGACCGAGCCCCAGAAGAACUUCGGAUCGAUGGAGUUCUUGGCGUUCGACGACAUGAUGGAGCUGGCGCGCCCGAUGUUCCCGGAUGAGGCAGCCAGGCACGCGGAGAAGGUCGACAGGAGGGUCGCCAAGAAGGAGGAGCGGCGGGAGCGUGCCCGCGUGAGCGAUGGCGUCGGCACCGUCGCCGCGACCGUCGCCCAGCAGUCGGCAUUGCUGUUCCACUUGAUGCAAUAG